AUGACGCGAAUCUUAAGCAUUGCUAUAUUGAGCUGCCUUUGCUUAUUUGGCGCGCUAGCUGCUCCUCAAUGGCCAGGAUAUGGCUCAGGCUAUGGCUUUGCGCCCUGGGGUGGUAAUUUUGCAUCCUCCAGUGCUGCAGCAAGCAGCAGCAGCAGCAGCAGCUUUGGCAGUUUUCAAGGAUAUGGAGCAGGCUUUAACUAUGGCCGGCCAGGCUACGGAUACGGAUAUGGCGGCUAUCGCGGCGGCUAUCAGCAGCAGCAUCAACAGUUUCAGCACAAUCGCUAUAAUCACUACGGAUAUCCAUUUGGCUAUGGCAAAUAA